AGAAAACAGCUAAAGAAGACUAAAUCGACUUCAAACAUUACCAGCCGGCCGGCCAAGAUUCAGAAGAUGAGUAGUGAGGAGUUACCAAGCAGCAUUAUCAACACAAAGAUGUCGCUUAUAUUAUUUGACGAGGUUGACAUAGUGUUCAACUCAGACAGAGGCUUUCUAUCGGCGGUUCAAAAGUUUAUCAAAAUUACCAAACGCCCGAUCGUCCUUACGACGAAUGAUGAAAGGUUUCGUGAAAGAUUUAAUUCAGAUAUAGAGGCUAUCAACUUGAUGAAACCU